ACCUGCAGGUGGUCAAUUUGCAUGUUGGAAUAAGUUCAUCAUCAUUAUGAAGUUACAUUGUUGUUGGCAAGAGUGGAAUGAGGAGACAACAUGAUGGCUGUGUUUCAGAAACCACCACUUCAGUUAGCAGCUGUUGUGUGUGUGAUCCUCGUGCUUACUUGUUAUUUUAUAAUAUUCUAUAACUGUCCUGGAGAGCUAAUCAAAGAGGAGGUUCCCAGUACACAAGAACUGAGGUUGGCACCACUCACUACUCCUCCCUCACCUGGUCCGUGCACCUGUUCCCCCGGCUCAGUGCUCCUCAAAGAUUGCGUUCCUAAGGACCAGUAUGAAGAGCUGGUGAAGCGCAGAGCUAAGGAGUUCCAACAGCAGAAAGCCAGGUCACCAUCUGAAUUAUCCAAACUGCUAUUUGCUUUGCCUAACUCUCCUCUGCAGUAUCCCACCCAGGGUUUUACUGUACGACCUUUGACCCCCACUCUCAUACCAGGUUUAGCACUGCAUGCAGGACACAGAAGCAGCUACAAGGUAUCCUUGCAUGUAUCCAAAGGCAUCCUGACCACAGAGAUUCCAUCUGAAGGGGUGAAGAUCCAAGGUCAUGGUGAGACAAAAUUGAUUAUAGAGUCUAGCAGCCUGGUGAUCCUCAACAACCUGCUGGCUAAAGUGUCCUAUACCAGCACUGUCUACCAUAUACACACUGGAGAUCUCGCCUCCUUCCAGUUUGACAAGCAUGAAGCCGUGUUUCCCAUUACCAUCAAACAGCCUCAGGUGCCAGUCCUAUACGACAUGGGAACAGAUAUCAGCUCUCAAGUCACCAUCACUACAAAGACAUUCCUGCGCUACAGACAACUCAAGGUGUUGUUGAAUAGCAUCCGGAGUUUCUAUAGCAACAUAGAAGUCAUCAUUGCAGAUGACAGCUUUGAACCAGAGCACAUUACUGGAGAACACAUCCAGCAGUACAUCAUGCCUCCAGCGCAGGGCUGGUUUGCUGGCAGGAAUCUGGCCAUCUCCCAGGUGACCACCAAGUACUUCCUGUGGGUGGAUGAUGACUUUGUGUUUACGCAGGACACGAAGAUAGAGAAGCUGGUGGAGGUGAUGGAGUCAGUCCCUGAACUGGAUGUGCUGGGUGGGAAAGUAGAUGGGAACCAGUUUUACUUCUAUCUUCACUAUGAAGAAGGUGAGGAAAUGGAAGGCGGCUGUCUGGAUAGGAAAUCUAAGCAGAAGUUCCACCCUCUUCCUGGUUACCCACAAUGCUCUCUGGCCAGUGGGGUGGUUAACUUCUUCCUGGCUCGUACAGAUGCCGUACAGAGGGUGCGAUUUGACCCUAAACUAAAGAGGGUAGCGCACUCAGAGUUCUUUAUGGAUGGGCUGGGCUCCUUGCUGGUCGCCAGCUGUGGCCACGUGUCCAUUGGCCAUCAGCCCCAUAGUGCUCAAAACAAGGAUGAGGCUCGCUACGUCAGGUUCAGACACCCUCAAAAGAGUGAUGAGGACUUCAAACUGCAGCUCCACUUCUUCAAAAAUCACUUAAAGUGUGUUCGAUAUGAAUAGAAGAAGACUAGAGGACACUGUGUUACAGACUUCUAUUUGUGUGUUGCUGUAUAAAUAUGUACACCUAAGUCAAGACUUGGUCAGCGCCUUCCAGAAUCUUUUUGUAGCUUCUCCAUUCUUGGUCUUCGCUUAAUCAAUAUUCACUCAAAUACAGAGGACCAUCUCUUUGGAACAAUCUACUUCCAUCACCACAGUCAAUAUCUACCAUAUCUUGAUUUAAAAAACACAUCCAAAGGUCCUUAAUAAGCAAAGAUUCACAACACUUUAUGGAUCUCAAUAUAUGUAUUUUACCUGGUAAAAUAAUUGUACAUUUCUUUUAAUAUUGUUUUUCAGCUGCUUGAAUGUUGUAUUAUACACUCUUUGUUUUUAUCUGCUUUUAUCUUUUUAAACUGUGACUAGAUUUAUAAAGGGGGAGGUAUCAAAACUUUCCUGCACAAUGUUCUGUACCUUCAAAUUCUAUAUGUAUGUAUGUAUAUAUAUAUAUAUAUAUACAUACACUGCAUAAUGUGCAAAUAGAAAAAAUAAUAAUAUACAGAAUCAAACCUCAUAUAGUCAGACAGUAAGGGCUGCUAGUUAGUAUACACAUUUCUGAUCCGUUAUUAUAACUAGUUUAACAAAUGAGCCAUGGUGAAGGGAUACUUCCAAGUCUCUUACCUUCACAUAUGUUGUGAUAGGACGUUGCAUUUAACCCUUAUAUGCAUUAGGCCUGUUUCUUUGCAAGAAUCUGGCGAUUCUUUGUAUUGAUCACAGUCCCUGCAACAUCCAACAUCUUAUGUCUCAGUUUACGUCUACAACACUGCUAUCUAGCCAUUGGGGAUUUAAACACAAAAAUCGAUAGUGUUUUCAAGAAAAAAUAUCACAAAACAAAAUGUUGCAAUAUGAUAUUUUUCAAUCUUUUCUUACACCCCUAAUAACCAACCCAUGGUCUUUAUUGAUCCAACUGACACUUAAGCACUCAACUCUUCCUGUUAUCUGUUUUUAACAAUGAUCUGGUGUUAAAAAGGUCAAGAUACUGUCCACUGUGCUUUAUUUUGAACGUGCAACUGGAUGGAGCCACCAUUGUUGAUUCACAAACAGUCUUCUUACUGCAUCACACCUAGCAUGGUCUGGCUACAGACCGAAGCCUGGCAAGAUGGAUUCUAGCUUGAUCGUGUGAUUCCGUGAUCUUGCGAGGUUAUCACAGACAGGUUAAGAUGAAAGUUUAGUUGAGUCAAAGGCAAAGGUCAGGUUGUAAACAUUCUGAUAGACUUAAGCGUGACAGAUUUGAUAUAUAGCUUAAUCUGCGUUAUGUAACUGCUGAGUCACACAUGUUAUUUAUUUCAUCCAUCUAUCUUACAUUAUAGUUUUAAUUAAUUCUUUUGAUGAAAAAUGUAAUACAUUUCAUCAUUGUUCACCAUCAUGGAGCCAUCACAUUGUGGAACCAGUUACCAACUUUCAUCAAUUAAGUUUUAAAAUAUUUCUUUAAAAAAAAACUGUAAAUAAUAAUAAAUAAUUCCACUGUUUGCUGAACUAAAAUGGAUUGUAACUGGAUGUAUUGUAAUAUUUAAUGUGCCUUUGUAUGGUCUUACUUACAUAGACUUACAUGUGUGUUAUGUGUUUUCUUUGUAUGUACGUUUUUUUGUGUGUGGACCCCAGGAAGAGGGCUAGCAAACUACAGCUAAUGGGGAUCCUAGAAUAAAAAACAAAUAAAGAAUAGUUCUAAUUUUU